AUGGAAAACCGCCGAACCCUGGCUGUCCGGGGCGGCGAGGCGCCGCCCAGCGGUCAGGGUGCCGGGCGGAAACGGGCAUCCGACGUUGGUAGCGAGCCAUCAGUCAGCCGACGCAGGACGCGGGACCCAUCUCCGGAGGCAGACGACCAGAGCGAUGUCGACGAGUAUGAUCCGGGGCAGUCAAUGCGGGAGCGCAGGGCGAUCCAGCACGACCUACGCGAGAUGCAAAAGCAGAUGCACGAAAACCCGGAUGAAUUCAUGCAGGCCGAUCCCAAAGCGCUCCUCGAAUUUCUCGAACAGUCGGACCGUAUCAUCAAGAAUGUCAAGCAAACCGCUGAAGCUGCGAUUGAUUCCCGGGGCCUCGUUCUUGCCGCCGACCUAUCAGCUCGCCGGGUGCAGCGGCUGACGUCGGGGAAUGUCGGAAAUGGGGUCGAUGUUGACGAGUUCGUUUCCAAGUGUAUCACCUUCAUGCUGCAAGGCCGUGGGAUUGAGGACGACGAGGCAGAGGAGCUCUCGGGCACGCAGCGGAGGAGGCGUCAGCCAGAUCGCGGCGCUCUCGGAAGCGACGAUGAGUUCGAAGUGGGCGACGAGGGCGACAUGAUGAACUGGGCACACCUGGGUCGGUACGCCUGCAUCCCCGCUGUCCGUCGACCUGCCCUCCCCGGCUUCCUCCUGGGACCUCUGUCAAUCGAAAAGAAAGCCCGCAAAAUCACCAAGCGGUCGGCGCCGUUCAAGGUUAACAGCCUCCGGGAGGUCCGACCGCAGGAAUUGAGGGCCGAAGACUUGAAAAGCUCGGACAAAAAUGACCUUCCGUCCAUCUGCAAGAAGAUCCAUGUACAACUAGAACACGCACAGCAAGAGGCUCAAGACGCGGUCGAGGAUGCGCUCGAUAAGCUCGGCGAUGACUGUCCGGCGGAGGAGCAGAGAGCGCUGAUGGAGCGCUAUGCACUGAGAUCGACAGGAGGAAUUGACCUCUUGCGGUUUGUGGUCAACCCGCGCUCAUUCGGGCAAACAGUCGAGAAUAUGUUCUAUGUCAGCUUUUUGAUACGAGAAGGGAGCGUCAAGCUCGAAUUCGACGGCGACGGUCUCCCGGCCAUAGAGCCGGUUCGAAGGAACCCCUCAGCAGAGACGUCUCGUUCCAAAGCCGCAAUGAGGCACCAGGCCAUCAUGUCCAUCGACAUGGCAACUUGGAGGGACAUUAUCGAAGCAUUCAACAUCAAAGAACCCAUGAUUCCGCAUAGGCAGGAGGAAGCGCAACAGGGGCCCGGCACACGCGGCUGGUACAGCUAG